ACGCGCAUGCGCACUCCCUCCGGCGUGGAGCGAUGGCGGCGGCGGCGCUGGGUCCCGGUGAGGCCGCCGCGGCCGCUCACGCGUUAUCGCUGCCGGCUGAGGCGUAUGGGAACGAUCCCAACGUGGAGAUGCUGUGGGCGAUGCGCGCCUCCCAGCACGCCGAGGUCUACUUCAAUCUCAUCUCCUCGGUGGACCCCAAAUUCCUGACGCUCACCAAAGUGGACGAGCAGAUCUAUGGGGAGUUCAGGAAGGCCUUUGGGGGGCUGCGGGUGGACGUGUUGGACCCCGAGGACCUCAAAUCAGAGCCGGCGAAGGAGAAGUGGCGGCCGUUCUGUCUGCAAUUCGAGGGGGUGGUGGAGGACUUCAACUACGGCACUCUGCUGCGCCUGGACUGCCGGGGGGGGUACAGCCCCGAGAACACCAUCUUCGCCACCAGGAUUCAGUUCUUCGCCAUUGAGAUCGCUCGCAACAGGGAGGGCCACAACAGCACCAUCUACAACAGCAGCCAGCAGCAGCGGGGGGACAGCAAAUAAACCUCGUCAGCACCGCA